GGGAAGCAGAAAUGCAGAGAUUUUGAUAUCCAAGAAUACUGGGAAAAUACUGGGGAGCUUAUAAAGAAAACCUCAGAACUCUUAAACACAAAAGUACGUCCAAGUGUGCUACAGAAGAGGGUGUAUGGGAAAUGUCUUUGUUUUUAGUUACAGGCAUCUCCUCUAACUCUUCACUGUCCCUUUCUCCAUGAACAGGUGCCCAUGUGCAGCCACAGCAAAUGUCCAACAGCAGCUCCAUCAGCCACUUCCUCCUGCUGGCACUGGCAGACACGCGGCAGCUGCAGCUCCUGCACUUCUGCCUCUUCCUGGGCAUCUCCCUGGCUGCCCUCCUGGGCAACGGCCUCAUCAUCAGCGCCGUAGCCUGCGGCCACCACCUGCACACGCCCAUGUUCUUCUUCCUGCUCAACCUGGCCCUCAGCGACCUGGGCUCCAUCUGCACCACUGUCCCCAAAGCCAUGCACAAUUCCCUCUGGGACACCACCACCAUCUCCUACACAGGAUGUGCUGCACAGCUUUUUUUUUUUGUCUUUUUCAUCUCAACAGAAUUUUAUCUCCUGACCAUCAUGUGCUACAACCGCUACGUGUCCAUCUGCAAACCCCUGCACUACGGGACCCUCCUGGGCAGCAGAGCUUGUGCCCACAUGGCAGCAGCUGCCUGGGCCAGUGGCUUUCUCAAUGCUCUGCUGCACACAGCCAAUACAUUUUCCCUGCCCCUGUGCCAUGGCAAUGCCCUGAGCCAGUUCUGUGAAAUCCCACAGAUCCUCAAGCUCUCCUGCUCCAAAUCCUACCUCAGGAAAUUUAGGCUUCUUAUUAUUAGUGUGUGUUUAGUAUUUGGCUGUUUUGUGUUCAUUGUUUUUUCCUAUGUACAGAUCUUCAGAACUGUGCUGAGGAUUCCCUCUGAGCAGGGACGGCACAAAGCCUUUUCCACCUGCCUCCCUCACCUGGCCGUGGUCUCCCUGUUUGUCAUCACUGGCAUACUUGCUCACCUGAAGCCUCCCUCGAUGUCCUCCCCAUCCGUGGAUCUGGCCCUGUCAGUUCUGUACUCAGUGGUGCCUCCAGCCCUGAGCCCCCUCAUCUACAGCCUUAGGAACCAGGAGCUCAAGGCUGCGCUGUGGAGUCUGAUGACUGCAUAUUUUCGAAAAUAUUAAACUGCUGCCCAACUUCUGCAAAUCACUUGUAAU